ACAUGAAUGUGAGCAGUGUCAGUAAUUUAUCAAUUGUCUCGGCUAGUUUUUUUAUUUGUGUGUGUACUUUUUCGGUAGGCACUUGCAUGCUGAGAUCAGUGAGCACCCGGAACUUGUGGAAACUUUUGCUUUUGUUGAUCCAGCAAGCUCAUUUUUCGUAAAUUCUGAAUUUGAAGAUUACAUUCUCAAUCGGUUUAGAGAGGGUAACCCGGAUCGACUAUUCUUUUUGCCGCAUAAUAAGAACAUGCAUUGGAUUUUGUCCAUUAUUUGGGAAGGCGAAAUAUAUAUUUUGAAUCCACUCCCUCACCCGACACAGUUUCCAGAACUGGAGAAUGCAUUAGCAAGGGCAUUGAAAAAAUUUAAUGUAGAAACUGGUAGGGGCAGCAACAAGAUAGGCAAGGCAAAGUUUCUCAGUGGAUCUCCCAAGCAACCUGGUGGCCAUGAGUGCGCCUAUGUAGUAAUGCGGUAUAUGAAAGAGAUAAUCAAUGACACAAAAUUGACAUUUGCUAAAAAGUGGCUGCCCAAGUCUCGAGCUUCUUACACUGAGGACGAGCUAAAUGAAGUACGUCUUGAGGCACUCCACUUCAUCCAAGAUCACGUCUGAUGACUUUGCAUAUUCUGAUCUUUAAUUUGUGGUAA